AUGGUUAUACGUGAUAGCGUUUCAAGAAUAUACGUUGGUAAUCUACCAUCACAUGUCACAUCUAGAGAUGUAGAAAAUGAAUUUAGAAAAUUUGGUACAAUAUUAAAGUGUGAUGUUAAAAAAACAGUAUCGGGUGCUGCAUUUGCAUUUAUAGAAUUCGAAGAUGCACGAGAUGCAGCAGAUGCAAUUAAAGAAAAAGAUGGAUGUGAUUUUGGUGGAAAUAAAUUACGAGUUGAAGUCCCAUUUAAUGCUAGAGACAAUGGAAAAUAUAACUCAAGAGGUAGAGGAAUGAUGGGAAGGGGUUCAAAAUCAAGAAGAGGACGAUAUGUUGUGGAGGUUUCUGGAUUACCCCUUUCAGGUAGUUGGCAAGAUUUAAAAGAUCAUCUUAGAGAAGCAGGGGAAUGUGGUCACGCAGAUGUUUUUAAAAAUGGUACAGGUGAAGUUUCCUUUUUUCAUAAAGAAGAUAUGCUUGAAGCUAUUGAAAAAUUUAACGGAUCAACAUUUAGAUCACAUGAAGGAGAAAAGGCAAAAAUAACAAUACGUCAAAAAAAAACAUCAUGGCGACGAGAUGAUGGAUAUGGUAGAUAUAGUGAUAGAAAUAGAAGUUAUUCAAGCCGAAGUUAUUCAAGAAGUGAUAAGAGAUCCUAUUCAAGAAGCAGAAGCUACAGUAGCAGGAGCUAUAGUAGAAGCAGAAGUCGAAGCAGAAGUCGUAGCCGAAGUAGAAGCAGAACAUCUAGUAGUAGAAGCAGAAGUAUGGAUAGAAGAAGAGAUGCAUAUGAAAAAAAAAGAAGCUACUCUAGAAGCUCAUCUUAUCAAGAUAGAAGAAGAAAUAAUAGAUCCAUAUCAAAAUCGGGAUCUAGAUCUGUUUCCAGAUCAGGUUCACGAUCUGCUUCAAGAUCUUCAUCAUGGUCUCAUAAAAGAAGACAUUAG